AAGCACUUCCGUUGUGACGUAAUUUUUGAGCCAUAGCAAAUGGCGGUUGAACAGGGUGGACAGUACACACGGUUAUAACUGUCCGUUCAUUUGUCGUGCUCACCGAAAAUUCAUUGCCAAAGACACGAAAACGACGCAAACGUUGAUAUGAUGGAGAAUGAAGAUGGAGACAAUGACACGGAGUCUGAAGGGACUGAACUCCGUCUGAGAGUAGAGUCGUUGAAGCAGGAGCUCCAAGAGUGCAGAGCGGAGCUGGCAAAGCUACAGAAACAACUGAAGCAGUCCGAAAGACUUCAGCAGAACACUGAGAGCUAUAACGAAGACCUUAGGAAACAGGUCGACCAGCUGAGCGCAGAGAUUCAUCAGCGAAAGAAGAAAGAUAAAGACAAAGUUGACGGUGAAACUCAAACAGAAGACUAUGAAUGGACAGAAACUGAUUACUACAACUACUACUAUGGGGGCUACACUCAGAACCCAGAGGCUUCAGACAGUCAGGAAGGCCUGAACACAGAGGCAGCAGUAGAAGCAGCAGAUGGCAGCAAUGCAGCAGAGGUUUCAACACCAGAUGAAACAGCAGCUGCUGUUGUUGAUUACCCCACGUCUGACAACGGUGUUGCAGUCACAACAGAAGAAGGUGAUGGAGGAUCCAUAGCUGAUAUUUUGAGGGCCACUGCUGAAGAGGCUAUGACGCAGACCGGGUUUGUCUUUGAUGAGACUACCGGGUUGUACUAUGACCACAGCACAGGCUUCUACUACGACUCGGCCAGUCAGCUCUACUACGAUGCCAACACAGGCAUUUACUACUACCAUGAUGCAGAGAGUGGACGAUACCAAUUUCAUUCCAAGAUUGAGUUGCCUGCUGCACAGACUGCUGCAGAGCUGUGCACAGAAAAGAGCACUGGUGAAUGGAAGGUCAGAAAGUUAAAGAAAGGGUCCAAGAAUUACUCACACCAGGACAAAAAGGAACUCAAAUAUGAUGAGAUAAAAUUGGAAGAAGAAAUUGACUGGGUCGAAAAGCCAACCACUAAAAGGACAACAGAAUCACGAAAACUGAAGCGGAAAUCUUGCAGUCCUGAUGCGGCCUCGCGUAGAAAAGACUCUCAUAAACACAGAGAGGAUAGCAACAAAUCUUCGUCGAAGAGGAAGAAGCAUAAAAAAAGUUCCCACAAUGACGAUAAGGCUAGAUCAAAGAAGAAAAGUAAAAAAUCAAAGACAAAAAAGCAGAAGAAGAAGAGCCCGGCUCGGAGCGAUGAUUCAGAUGAAAACAGCGGACCAGAAGAGGGUGAGCUCACAGAGUCGGAGAGAGAGGAGUGGGACUCCACUCCCUCGGUCUCAUCUUCUAGCUAUAGCUCCAAGGAAAACUCAGAGGUAGAAAUGGAGACUCAGAUUAACGCAGCCAUUUGGCCGCCCUGUGUAAGAGUGACAGUAGUCAGAUCUCCAGUGAUGCAGGUGGGCACUCUGUUCAUCAUCACGGCCGACUCUCCAGCCACCAUUGGCAGAGAGAAAAACAUGGACCAUGCAAUCCUAAUACCAGAAUUUGGAGUCAGCAAGUUCCACGCAGAGGUGUACUUUGACCAGGAGCAGCAGGGCUACAUGCUGGUGGACCAGGGCAGCCAGAAUGGAACAGUCAUCAAUGGCAACAGGAUCUUGCAGCCCAAAACCAAGUGUGAGCCACAAGCACUGACUCACGGCGAUGAGGUGAAGAUGGGAGAGACUGUGCUUUCCUUUCACAUCCACUCAGGGACUGACACCUGUGAUGGCUGUGAGCCUGGCCAGGUGAUGGCCCACAUCAACAAGUACAAGAAGGAGGAGAAUACAGGCCCUGCUCCCACCAAAGAGGACAAAGAAGCACUGAGACAGAAGGAGCUGAAGCAGAUGAAGGCAAGAUACGGCUUGCAGAGCAGUGAAUUUGAGGAGGUCAAAGCCCUGAAAAACCCCAGGUACCAGGACAGAGCAGAGUCUCGGCGACAGACUGUCGGAAGCGAGGGUGCUUUCCAACGAGAUGAUGCACCUGCUUCUGUUCAUCAGGAGAUCAGUGAAGUCAAUAAAGGACGGAAAAUGCUGGAAAAAAUGGGCUGGAAGAAAGGAGAGGGGCUGGGUAAAGAGGGGACUGGCAUGAAAACCCCGAUUCAACUGAAAAUCAGGAAGUCCCAGUCCGGUUUGGGGGCUGGUGCCGCCCUGUCUCUAGACGCUGCCUCUGUGACCAAAUCUAAGUCCCAGAAGAACUGGGAGAAAGCGCGUGAAAGAUUUGCUGAUACGUGCCAGCCUGAUGCGCCGUCACCUCAAACACCGAAAAACCAAACCUGGGUGAAAGGAGAAGAGACUGAGAUUGCAGACACACAAGCAGCAGUUGAUACUGACGGACAAAGUUAAGAAUAGCUGGACAAAGCUUGAUGGACGUUUGAUGUGUACCACUGUACUGCCUAAGGAAAUGUGAAAUACUGCCGAAAGCAAUAACACUAUUUCCACAUUGAAACAAUAUUACAGCCGUCAGCAUGAGGAAUCGUCGCUGAAGACCCCCUCAAACAACCUGAGCAGGUUAACUCAGUUGUGAAGAGAACUAAAUGUCACUCUGAUUGUUCUGUCAAUGCUAUCUGUCAACCGGUUUUCCAAUGCUGCGUCAACAGGAUUUGUAAAAGUCACUAUAAUCUGUUUGUAGAAUGUGUUGGUUCCUCCUUUUCUGGAAGUGAAUUGUUUGGAAUGUUACAGUCCAAACAACUCUGAGGACUCUGAGGCAGUGAGUGUGUUUCACGGUCCAGUGUGCCUGUAGUCCUUCCUACAGAGUGCAACGCUGCCACCCAGAUCAUAAACAACUUGAAUCACCUCGAGCAAAUAUUGACACAUUGGAGCUAUAUUUCUCACAAUGAGAUUAUGCUAUGAUGACACAACUGCGGAUCUGUUGGAGACGAUCCUAAAACACUGAUCGUGUUAAACCAGUCUCAACUGCUUGUUGUGUUGUACAUAAAAAUAAGUUCAACCACUG